UAUUUUACUACGUAUCGUAUAGUUAGAAAGGUUAUAAUUAAAUUAUUAGUAGGAAUGUACUGACGCAGUUACACCAUGGAGGGAAAAUGGUUUGCACUGAAGAUACCACCUUAGCAUUUCAAGUAGAUGGGAUCGAAACUUAUUCAUUUUACCCACAUAUUUGGCGUUACAUUGAAUUUUUAACUUUGUUACACGUACUAAUGCAUAUGUAAUUUUACUUUUAAGCGAGUUUUAGCUUUAAAUGAGGUUAUGACGUUGUUUAUAUACGUUACAAACACCCCUCUCAACACAAUGGUUUUUCCCAUCAUGGACGCCGUUCACUGACGCCGCUGACAGACCCUCCACCCCACCGCCGGACAGCAUCAUGAGCGAGCUGAAGGACUGUCCCCCACUUAAAUACUACGACUUCAAACCCGUGGAGCAUGUGAAGCUGUGCCCCCGCUACACUGCGGUGUUGGGCCGCUCAGAGGACGAUGGCAUCGGCAUUGAGGAGCUGGACACCCUGCAGCUGGAGCUGGAGACCCUGCUGUCCUCAGCCAGCCGCCGCCUGCGGGCCCUGGAGGAGCAGAGACAGAUCCUCACAGACUGGCAGGACAAGAAGGGAGACAAGCGUUUUCUGAAGCCGAGCAAGGACCCGGAUCCUGCAGCCCCAGUCCGCCACAAACCCAAGAAGCAAAAACUGGACGGCAAGGGAGGGCACGGACCGGGCCCAGGACCCGGCAGACCCAAAUCCAAAAACCUGCAACCGAAAGUUCAAGAAUAUGAAUUUACAGAUGAUCCACAAGAUAUCCCCCGCACUCCGAAAAACGAUGCUCCCAACAGGUUCUGGGCGUCAGUGGAGCCGUAUUGUGCAGAUAUAACCAAUGAAGAGACCCGACUGCUGGAGGAGCUUCUGAAACCUCCAGAGGACGAGGCAGAGUAUUUCAAAAUUCCUGCGUUGGGGAAACACUAUUCCCAGCGGUGGGCUCAAGAAGACCUGCUGGAGGAGCAGAGGGAAGGGGCACGAGCCAACGACAAGAAGAAGAGCCUCAUGGGAGGACCGCUGUCAGAACUGGACGCUAAAGAUGUCGACUCACUGCUGAAGAAAUCCGAAUCCCAGCACGAAGCGCCAGAAGACGGUUGUCCCUUUGGUCCGCUCACUCAGCGUCUGCUUCAGGCCCUUGUAGAGGAGAACAUUAUAUCCCCCAUGGAGGAUUCUCCAAUACCGGACAUGUCCGGAAAGGACGCGAAUGAUGGAGCUGGGACUUCCCCUCGAAGUCAGGGGAAAGCUUUCAGUGUUCCUCACACACGUUCCCUGGAGGCGCGGAUCAAGGAGGAGCUGAUAGCUCAAGGGCUUCUGGACUCGGAGGAGCGACCCGGACAAGGAGGAGACUUGGAGGACGAGGUCCUCGCCGAGCUGCAGAAGAGACAAGCAGAGCUCAAAGCCCUAAUUGCCCACAACAGAGCCAGGAAGCAGGAGCUGCUCCGGUUGGCGAAAGAAGAGAUGCGCAAGCAGGAGCUGAGGCAGAGAGUGAGGGUGGCCGAUAACGAGGUGAUGGAGGGUUUCCGGCGCAUCAUGGCCGCCAGGCAGAAGAAGCGCACACCAACCAAGAAGGAGAAGGAUCAGGCCUGGAAAGCUCUGAAGGAGAGGGAAAGCAUUCUGAAGCUAUUAGACGGAUAAAAAGAAGCAAUGUUUGGUUUUUCUUCCUUCUUUAACCCACAUCUCAACCAGUCCUUACAGACUCAGACGGGAGAAACUGUCCUGUAGUGUAAACAUUUAUGUGAAGUAGUUUUAAUAGUGUGUAAAAUCAGCCAUCUGAUUCUCAGCCUUGAGUAACUUUUCUUUUUUGUACCGUGAUUGUUGAAUUUUGUCAAUCUAUGUUGCUUUUAUUUUUAUAUUAUCAUUAUUGAUUGGUUAUGAAACAGAACAACUUAAUGUUUUAUUGGUUUUUCUACAACUACAGUGAGGAAAAGUGCGUGAUCUGCAGUCUCAUUCUCAGAAUGCACAAUAAGCUGGAUAACAAACUGACUCACCUUCUUCAGUAAUAAAAAUUCAACAUGAGG